GUUACUUUGGCGCUACUAGAGAUUUCAUGAUCCAAAAGAAAUUCCCGCCAAUUAUUGUUUUUCUUUGGUUCGGGUUUGUAGUAACGUAUAAAUAAAGAAUCGUCUUCUGUAUUUUAUUGUAUUGCUAUUACAUUUUGUUUUACCCAAUAUAAAUAAAAUGGACGCUAGUAGUUCUCCAGUUCGUUCUGAUAGACAUACAGAAGCAAUGACAUCUCCUGCUCCAGAUAUAGAUGAACCAUUUGAAGAUGAAUCUGAUUUACUUGGUAAUGAUAAUGAUAUCAAUCAAGAAGAACAGGAAGAAGAAGGAGAAGAGUUAUUCGGGGAUAAUAUGGAAGAUGAUUACCGUCCUAUGCCAGCUUUGGAUAGAUAUGAUCCAAAUAUGGUUGACGAUGAAGCAUAUUCGGAAAUGUCUCAAGGAGAACGUGCUGUUGCUGAAGCUGCCAUGAAUAAAAGAGAUAGGGCAGCAGGCAUUAUCAGAGAUGAUAGAUAUUUACUUUAUGAUGAAAGCGAUGAAGAAGAAGUACACGCACGUAAGCGACGUAUGGCUGAAAAAGCUGCAACAGGUGAAAUAGAAGAUGCAGAAAUGAUUGAAUCCAUUGAAAACUUAGAAGACACCAAAGGUCAUUCGGUUAAAGAGUGGGUGUCUAUGCUAGGACCCAGAACAGAAAUUUCUAAUCGAUUUAAAAGUUUCUUACGUACACAUACCAAUUCAAAAGGACAAUAUAUGUACAAAGAAAGAAUUCGCCAUAUGUGCGAGAGUAAUCAAUCCAGUUUUGUUGUGGAAUUUCCUAUUCUUGCCAGUAAAGAACAUGUUUUGGCUUAUUUUCUACCAGAAGCACCAUUUCAAAUGUUAGAAAUAUUUGAUGAAGUAGCAAAGGAGUUGGUGUUAACUAUUUUCCCCAGUUAUGAAAGAGUCACCGCUGAAAUUCAUGUUAGAAUAUCAGAAUUACCUUUAAUAGAAGAAAUUCGUACAUUUAGAAAGUUACAUCUAAAUCAAUUAGUACGUACCCUGGGCGUUGUUACUGCGACCACAGGAGUAUUACCACAAUUAUCAGUUGUAAAAUACGAUUGUACAAAGUGUGGAUAUGUACUUGGUCCUUUUGUACAAAAUCAAAAUGCUGAAGUUAAACCUGGAUCGUGUCCUGAGUGUCAAAGUAUUGGACCUUUUAUGAUUAAUAUGGAACAAACAAUAUAUAGAAAUUAUCAAAAAAUCACUAUUCAAGAAUCACCGGGUAAAAUUCCUGCAGGCAGAAUACCUAGAAGCAAAGAAUGUAUUCUUUUAUCAGAUCUUUGUGAUCGUUGUAAACCUGGAGAUGAAGUGGAUGUUACUGCUAUUUACACAAACAACUAUGAUGGUUCUUUAAAUACAGAACAAGGUUUUCCAGUAUUUGCGACAGUUCUUCUAGCAAAUCAUUUGCAAGUAAAAGAUUCAAAAGAAAUUGUGGAAUCUUUAACCGAAGAAGAUAUUUCUAGUAUUAUUUCUUUGAGUAAAGAUCAUCGGAUUUUUGACCGUAUUGUUACAAGUAUAGCACCGUCAAUUUAUGGGCAUGAAUACACAAAAAGAGCUUUGGCAUUGGCAAUAUUUGGGGGUGAAUCAAAGAAUCCCGGUAAUAAACAUAAAGUAAGAGGAGAUAUAAAUGUGUUGAUGUGCGGUGACCCAGGAACAGCUAAAUCUCAGUUUUUAAAAUAUAUCGAAAAAAUUGCACCAAGAACAGUUUUCACUACAGGUCAGGGAGCUUCAGCUGUCGGUUUAACUGCUUUUGUAAGAAAAUCCCCAACUACUCGAGAAUGGACUUUGGAAGCUGGAGCUUUAGUGCUUGCUGAUCAUGGAAUUUGUCUUAUCGACGAGUUUGACAAGAUGAAUGAUCAAGAUAGGACGUCCAUACACGAAGCUAUGGAACAACAAAGUAUUUCUAUUUCAAAAGUAGGAAUUGUUGCAUCUCUUCACGCUAGAUGUUCAGUCAUAGCUGCAUCUAAUCCUAUUGGGGGAAGAUAUGAUGCUAGUAUGACAUUUUCAGACAAUGUAGAUUUAUCUGAACCAAUUUUGUCUCGUUUCGAUAUCCUUUGUGUCGUAAAAGAUGAAAUAGAUCCUAUGCAAGACAGACAUUUGGCUAAAUUUGUUGUAAAUUCUCAUAUCAGGCAUCACCCAACAAAUGCAGAUAAAACAAUUCCGGAAGAUAAUACACACGAUAUGUCCAUUUCACAAGAUCUUUUGAGGAAAUAUAUAGUAUAUGCAAAGCAAAAUGUUCAUCCUAAAUUGACAAAUAUUAAUCAGGAUAAAGUAGCAAAAUUGUACAGUCAAUUAAGACAAGAAAGUUUAGCCACUGGAAGUUUACCAAUCACUGUGAGACACAUAGAGAGUAUUAUACGUAUGGCUGAAGCGAGCGCCAAAAUUCAUUUGCGAGAUCAUGUUCAAGAAAACGAUAUUAAUAUUGCCAUCAGAAUGAUGCUUGAUAGUUUUAUUGAUACACAAAAGUAUUCAGUAAUGAGAAGUAUGCGACAGACGUUCCAGAAAUACUUAUCGUACAAAAAAGAUCACAGUGAACUUUUAUAUUACAUACUUAGACAAGUUACAUUAGAUACUUUAGCAUUCCAAAAAGCUUUACAUGGAAAUCGCAUUACAGCAAUUGAAAUCUCGGAAAAAGAUUUAUUAGACAGGGCUAAACAAAUUGAUAUACAUAAUGUUCAGCCAUUUUAUGAAAGUGACAUUUUUAAAUCGAAUAACUUUGUAUAUGAAUCAAAAAGAAAAGUAAUAAUACAAACACUUCCUGAGAGUAUCGAUGACUAAUAACGCAUUAAACCAUAUACAUGAGCAUACUUUAAUUUGUAUUAUGAUACUCUGUCAUAUAACUAAACACCUAAUUAUAUUUUAUUUACUUUUUUAUGUUUAUAUCUAUUAUUUUUGUUCUUUUUUUGCAAAUA